ACAAACACAACAGCAGUCGUCUCAUGAUGGCCUCCAUACACGCAUUACAGGAGAUAUCGAGGAUGAAGAGAGAUGACGGUCUUGAAUGUCUGAGCAGCUGUUUCUACUGGACAGAGUUUGAUGGUGACGAUAAACGACAGUAUUUACAUCAAGAGUUUGUGUAUGAGAAUGUGAUGUUAGCAAUUACACGAGGACUGUCGUGGUCAACAGUAGCACAAGUGGCAAACAUCACCAAAGAUCUCCUGCCGAAACUCAAAGGUUUGAAGCCAUCAGAUGUCAUUUGCCUCAUCAAGGAUGAUUUAUCACAGAUAGAGCCUCGUCUCUCCGCUGCUCAUCAUGCUGUUCUCCUAGACUUCAUUGUGAAAACAUAUGUUCCUCAUCAGUGGCUUUAUCAGGCAUUUUUAAACGGUGAGACGAGUCUGAAACACAUCAGCUGCGAGCUUGAGAUUGAAAGCCCACCUCAUCCGCAGCCCCUCUGUGAAGGUUCAGACGUUGUGGAGUGGGAACAGCAGCGGACUCUGAAAGACCUGCGUUUGGCUCAGUCCGAAAUAGAAGCAGAAAUAGAGGGACUCAAAGAGAAGGCUGAAGCUCAGAUGAUGGCAACAUUGCAGGCCAGUUUAAACAGUCUUCCAUUUGAAGGCCGGAUGAGCAAACAGGAGGUAGAAGAGCUGCUGAGCAGUUUUCUGCAGUCUCAAGGAGAAAUUAUAAUGGAGUCUCUGAUGAAGGAAGCCUGUCUCACCGAGAACCUGCUGCAGAUGAAACUGAGGCACUUCGCAAAUCAACCAGUUUCCCCUGAAAAGCACAGUGUGGCAACUCCUACAAAAUCAAAGAAGAAGUGAAUUUGAAAUACAGUUCUAUAAAACUUGUAUAUUUUGAGAUAUUAUAAUA